CUCAUCUUCUCAUACACCAAACAACAAUGAAGCUUCAUACGCUUAUUGUCUUAGCCUUUGCCUUCGUUUUGGGAGCCGCAGCAGAGCAAUGUGGGCGGCAGGCCAAUGGCGCUCUCUGCCCCAAUCGCCUCUGCUGCAGCCAGUUCGGGUGGUGCGGCAACACCGACGAGUACUGUAAAAACAAUUGCCAGAGCCAGUGCACACCCCCCAGUACCGGCGGCGGCGGCGGCGGCGGCGGCAGCGUUGGAAGUAUCAUCAACGAAGCCCUUUACAAUCAAAUGCUCAAGUAUAGCAAGGAUCCUCGAUGCCCCAGUAAUGGAUUCUAUAGAUACAAUGCUUUCAUUACUGCCGCUCAAUCCUUCUCUGGCUUUGGUACCACCGGAGAUGCUGCUACUCGUAAACGGGAGCUUGCAGCUUUCUUCGGCCAAACUUCUCAUGAAACCACUGGAGGGUGGGCUACGGCACCGGAUGGCCCAUAUGCGUGGGGAUAUUGCUUCAUAAGGGAGAGAAACCAAGACGUAUAUUGCUCACCUAACCAGCAAUGGCCGUGUGCUGCUGGCCAGAAAUAUUACGGCCGUGGACCAAUUCAGCUAACCCAUAACUACAACUACGGGCCAGCGGGUAGGGCGCUAAAUUUGAAUUUGCUGAACAACCCUGAUUUGGUAGCCACGGAUCCGGUUGUUGCAUUCAAGACAGCCAUUUGGUUCUGGAUGACACCACAAGGAAACAAGCCAUCGUGCCAUGAUGUUAUCACUGGGAGAUGGCAGCCUUCGGCCGCCGACAGUGCUGCCGGGAGAGUGCCUGGGUAUGGUGUCAUCACCAACAUCAUCAAUGGUGGGCUCGAGUGUGGGCGUGGUGCCGAUAGCAGAGUUGCUGAUAGAAUUGGGUUUUACAAAAGGUACUGUGAUUUGUUGGGCAUCGGCUAUGGCAACAACUUGGAUUGCAACAAUCAAAGGUCUUUCUAAAUGGCUACGCUUACAGUAAAGCUAUGGCUGCUCUGUUUAAUAAAUGAUGUAACCUUCAAAUUUAAAUAAAGACGGGAAAUUCGUUGUUUCCAUUCAAAUC